CGCUGCAAGACCAUACACUCAACCAGUUCGAACACAUCGCCAUCGGCAUGACGAAGUUGCGCCGGUUCUCGCGUUAAAUGUGAUCUCCAAGAACAAUGCGAUAGGGCGGUAAUUGGACAUUCACUAUCUAAAUAGCCAAGUGUUCACGUUGUUUCAACCUGUGAAGUUAUUCACAGUGCUUGCUGCUAUUCGGUGCGUCAAACUGCAAAGCGCUGUGUCGUGAACACAACAUUCGGCACCUGCCAGUCCGCCGACUUCUUGCACCACCUGGGAGAGUUCAUGUCCCCACCAUCCCCACCAAUGACAAGGCCAGCUGACACUUCCCUGACAAAUAUGGCUGGGGACGUCUUCACCAAUGGCAGUGCUUACGAGGAAAUUGCCCAGAUUGGUACAGGUGCGUUUGGCACUGUGUACAAGGCCCGAGACCGCCAGAACGAAGGACGUUUUGUUGCCUUGAAGAAAGUGCGCGUGUCGCUUAACGAGGAGGGUAUCCCGACCGGUACACUGCGUGAAAUCGGCCUCCUCCGUCAGCUGGACGCUGCACAGCACCCAAAUGUGGUGCGUCUGCUGGAUAUCUGUCAUGGCAACCGGCUGGAGCGGGAGCUAGUUCUCUUUCUCGUCUUCGAGCACAUUGACCAGGACUUGGCAGGAUUCUUGGAGCGCUGCCCUGAGCCAGGCCUUGAGCCUGAGCUCAUUGCCUGGCUCCUCAAGCAGCUGCUGACCGGAGUGGAGUUUCUGCACUCACAUCGCAUCGUUCAUCGUGACCUGAAACCUCAGAAUGUCCUGGUGACAGCUCAGCGGCAGCUCAAGCUUGCCGACUUUGGCUUGGCCCGUCUGUACGAGCGGGAAAUGUCACUGACGCCUGUUGUGGUCACGCUCUGGUAUCGUCCACCUGAGGUUCUUCUUCAAGCAAACUAUGGUUCACCGGUGGAUGUAUGGAGCUGCGGUUGUAUACUCGCAGAAAUGGCACGUCGCAGGCCUCUGUUCAGUGGCCGUUCUGAGGCAGAGCAACUGUCACGGAUCUUAGACAUCAUAGGCCUUCCCCCAGCAGACGAAUGGCCAGCGGACGCUGCUGUUUCAAGGCAGACAUUCUCAAACUUCAGCUCUUGUGGAACUUCUUUGGAGCAAGCUGUGCCACAACUUGAAGGUCCCUUCAUGGAUCUACUACGCCAGAUGCUGCGUUUCUGCCCCCACCGUCGCAUCACAGCGAAGGCCGCUCUAGCGCACCCGUGCUUGGCAGAUGUCAACGAUGUCACUGUUUCGUGAUAAUGGACUGGACGACAUGACCACAGUCGGGAGACAUCUGCAGCAUCGCGUGAACAGCGACUGUGGAAAGGUGAUUUUCAAAUUCUUCACAAUGCAACUCUUCGGUCCUGACAGGAGUCUUUCUUUCGGUUGCUUUUGUGAAUUUGACCUGGAUGCCUCCUCCAGAAGCUACUGUUUCCUUCGAUGAAUUUUGAGCACUGAUUAUUUAGGAUUAUCUUCCUUUUUUUCUUUUAAUUCUGGUACACAAGUAAGUUAUGGCCUUGGUAUGUUUGUAGUGCCUUUAAUAGAAGUGUACCGUGAUGUUGUGACAAAAAAUUGAACAUGUGUAAAUCUGGGAAGUGUUCAGUAUCAGCAUUUGUGUUAAUCCCAUAACCAUGACUUUAUGAAUCUAGUUAAUGUUCAUCUCCCUUUUUCAUUUCAUUAGUGUUGACCUUUUAUGAAAAUGAAAAGAAUCUCUUCACAUCAUCAUUCAGGCCAGUUGUACAUGACACACUGCAUUUAUUUGAGUUUCUGCAUGGGGCAUUUAAUCUUUUUAUUGAGUAUUUAGAGAAGGUGAUUUAUUUGGAUGGGAUGCUUCAUUUGGAUGGGAACCAUUAUCAGUUUAAAGACAUCUUAGACUAGAGUGAUGGUCUCGUUUGCAAGAGUUGAGAAAUUGGGCUUAUGGGCUACUGUUUAUGCUGUAUUGUACUAAUUUCUUGCUUGCAGUUUUUAUGCAAAUUUUCAUGGAUAUAACACACUUCCUUUUCUGUAGCAUGCAUUCCAAACAUGCUCAUCAUUCUGCUCUUUAACCAAGCUAAAAAUAUGGGGAAGACCCUUUUAGCUUAUUCAACUGCACGGAAGGUACACUAGCAUGCAUAUGAAAGUGAUCAGGUGUGAUGGGGAGGGAAAGAAAGGCUGCGUUUUACAGCUUGACUCGCCGGAAACUAAACUAAAAAACAAAAGUACAGGCAACAGAAAGCGACAGUACAUAAGGAACCAGCAAUGAGAUUCAAGAUGAUGGGUGAUAUUGGCUACCUUGUGGUCUCUACUUUCUGAAAAUUGAGAGGGCUGUGCCAAACCAAUAGUUCAUGCAAGAGAUUCAGUAAUCCAUUGGUGUGCUUCCCUAUAUGUGUAAGAUGCAAAACAGUGCUGCAAAGUACAAUCACAGGGACUUCUGGUUGAUUGAAACUGCGCUUUUUUGACUACGCGCAGUCAGUUGAAAAGGGCUGAAGCAGAAGUGCCUUACAAGCACCCUUUUUUACUCGCAUCU